CUAAAUCCAUUCCCAUCAAACAACAAUCCCAAAACCUUUCAAAUUAAGAGCAUCUAUAUUCUGGGAUAAUAUAUAAAGGGAAAAGCUAGAAUGGCCCUCCUCAAACACCUCCUCCUCUCAUUCACCAUGAUCAUCAUUUCUUUUGUUGCUUGUUAUAGCACUUUGCAAGAGGACCCACCUAGUAGUAUAUAUGUUGAUCAUUCACCUUCUAUUGACGAUGGUGGGACAGUCAAGAACUUGAUCGAGCAAAGCACAAAUGUUUUGAGCUUAAACAGGUUUGACAAGCGUAAUUCGCUUAAAAAGGUUAGUGUCAAUGAUUAUGGAGCUAAGGGGAAUGGUGAUACUGAUGACACAGAGGCUUUCAAGAAGGCUUGGGAUGUAGUAUGUUCUUCUGGGGAAGCAAUUCUUGUGGUGCCUCAGGCGAAUUAUUUGCUCAAACCAAUCAGAUUCUCUGGCCCUUGCGAACCUAACGUUGAAGUCCAGAUUUCUGGAACCCUUGAUGCAUCAGAUGAUCCAUCAGAUUACGAAGAUGACAGCAAACACUGGCUUGUAUUUGACAAUAUUAAGAAACUAUUUGUUUAUGGUGGUGGAACCAUUGAUGGAAACGGCAACAUAUGGUGGAAAAACUCAUGCAAAAGGAACAAAAAGCGUCCCUGCAAGGAUGCCCCAACGGCUCUGACUUUCUAUAAUUGCGAGGACUUAACAGUUGAGAAUUUGAGAAUAGAAAAUGCUCAACAAAUCCACGUUUCAUUUCAGGACUCCGUGAAUGUUCAGGUUUCUGGCCUUAACGUGACCGCACCAGAGGAUAGCCCCAACACUGAUGGGAUUCAUGUCACCAAUACGCAAAAUAUUCAAAUCUCAAGCUCUGUGAUAGGAACUGGUGAUGAUUGUAUAUCUAUUGUACAUGGAUCUAAAGAUGUAGAAGCCACAGAUAUUACCUGUGGACCGGGCCAUGGUAUCAGUAUUGGAAGCUUAGGGGCCGGAAAAUCCAAGGAAUUUGUUUCAGGAAUACGAGUGAAUAGAGCCAAGAUUUUUGGAACUAAAAAUGGAGUUAGAAUUAAGACAUGGCAGGGAGGUUCAGGAAGUGCUAGCGACAUCCAGUUUCAGAACAUUGAAAUGGACAAUGUGACCAACCCCAUAAUAAUAAAUCAGAAUUACUGCGACAAGAAAAAGAAGCCAUGCAAAAAACUGCUCUCGAAGAAAUCCGCGAUCCAAAUCAAGAAUGUGUUGUACCAGAACAUAACGGGCACAAGUGCUUCUGAUAUAGCUGUGAGGUUUGAUUGCAGCGAUAAAUUUCCAUGCCAGGAGAUAGUGUUGCAGAACAUAGACCUCCAAUGUGAAGGAGGAGAUGAUGCCGAUGCUAUGUGUAACAAUGUUGAAUUGUCUUACUUAGGACACGUUAGGCCUCGUUGCAACUCAAAAAAGAGAAAGGCAUUUACUACUAUUACCUCCAUAUUGAAAUACUUCUCAUGGUACAUAUGAAGCAUACUAUGCAAAAAUAAGUCAUGUACGUACAUUGCUAGAUGUGUAUUUAUAUACAUAUAUAUAGCCGACAAGUAGGACAUCAAUUGAUUGAUUUGUAGCGAAUAAUGUGAUUGUUUGAGCAAUGGUUGUGAUAAAAAUUGCUAUUGUUUGUCACAUGUUAAAACAAUAAAAUUCAAUUAUUAAUUUAAUCAUGCAACUUCCAAAAUUAUGUACUAGCGUGUGUAUGUAUGAUAUCUCCAUUUUGCCAAAUUGACAUGCCUCAUGCUCUUGGAUCAUUUUUAAAUUUACAAACCUUGUAAUCAAACACUUAUGAUAGUUGUAGCAUAUUGUAUUCUGGAUUACUCAAUAUUGAACUAUACCAACAUCAUUUCGAAAUACAAUCCAAAAGUGUAUAUUGUAGUAUAUAGUUCUGGAUUGAGUAAUCCAGAACACAAUAUGUAUUUCUUGAUCACUCAAUCCAAAACUUGAUAGUUGGAAGCAGGGUUGGUUAGGUGGCGAGGAAUUAGAAGGGAAGAGGAGAUGCUAGGGUCGAGGGGUGGCAGAUGAGUUUAAGAGAGGGUGGGGGCAUUUUGUUCGUUUGGUUCUAUCUACUUUUUUAUGGAGUGUAGGAAUAAAAAUUUGGGGCUGCUGAGGCAAUAGCCCAUUAAAUGUUGCAAUGAAGAAACAUUUUGGCCCAAGCUCAAAUGAAUGCUUUCGCUUGAUCUGUAAUUUAUUGCUUGUAUUACUAUUUUACACAUUGUUUUGUUUAUUUGUGCAGUGUUUAUGUAAGGUAUGCAGGGUGGAAUAAGUUGCGUGCAUUAGAAAGAAUUUCCAAUCAAGGUUUCUGGUUUGGUAUUGAAUUUGCAGCAAUCUUUUUAUCUUUUCAUUGCCAUGCUAAGCAAAUAGAAAAGUUUAGUUCUCACAAUAAACAUCUCAAAACUCCCUUUGAAAUAGUGCAUCAAAAUUGAUUGAAUAUUUACAUUAGUAAUUAUAGAGGUUUAGUUGGAACGAAUCCAAAGGGGGAAAGCAAGGGUCUUGACCUCCCCCUCUCCCUUAGGACCCAUUAUAUAUAUAUAUAUAUAUAUAUA